AUGAAACGCCAUAACUGGACCUUCGAAACUCCAUUAUCCGAACUAGCCCAAUAUACAGAGGAAAUUAACAAAAGUUUGAGGGAUGAUCGCAAGGUAAGAUCCAAUGCCAAAACACGUUUUCGACAAUUAGGGCUUACUAAGGAACAAGUAGAAAUUCUCAUUCCUAUUCGACCUACUGGAAAGCCUUGCAGACAAGUAGUAGGGCGAGAUGAGUCAGUUCAACGUUAUGGUAUCAUGAACGACCCACCUUGCAAUUGUUCGAAGGGAACUCAGAAGAACCAG